UAUCAUAAAUAAAAGGGAAUUGGAUCUCAACAAAAAGAUGAUAUAUAUGUUGGUACGUAACGAGAUAGAUUAUUCGCCAGGUGGCGACUGUGCUGCGGCAGUCACCGGGAUCGGGUUGAUCGGGCGGCUUGUGUGCUAGCUUUUAUCGUUUACCACAUGUUGAUUAAUUAAUUAAAAAUAUAUUCUAAGAAAGGAAGAAAUAAUAGGAAAGUACGAUCUCUCUCUCUCUCUUUCUCUCUCUCACAAACACAUUUUCGUAACGUUGUUAGACCGUAGACUCGUGUUGAACAUUUCAUUCCACGCGGAAGGUGGAACCUAGUUACGUCACGCAGCACCAAGAGAAAUAUCGUGUGUCGAGCAGCUCCUGCCUCCCCCGUGUACGUCAACCUUCAAAAUCCCGACACGUUCUUCUUCUUCCACCUUUCCACACGUCCUUGCAUCUGUCAAACUACAGUGUCACGCACGCGCGCGCGUUCUUUUUCAACGAGACGAACGUGCUAUUACAAGGGACUUUCAGCAUAACCUAAAAAAGCCAAUUACAAAUGUGUCAAUAGUUAUCUCGGCCAGUAAGGCCUAUUGUCAAUUUCAAUUUUUGUGAAUUUAAAAAAAUUCUAUAAAGACAUAAUUAAAAUUGUGUAACCUCGUAACUAUCAAAUACUUACCGGCGUCACGUUUUUCCUCGUUUCCAUCAUUAUUUCUUUAUCUCCAUUUUUCCUUUUUCUUUUUUUCUUCCUUCCAUCUCUUUCCUUCUUACUAUUUUUCUGUUUCCGUCUUUCCCGCUUUCUCCCUCUCUGCCUUCGUUUCUUGCGCUCUCUCUCUUUCUCCCCCUUUUCUCUCUCUCUUUCUCUCUCUCUCUUGCUUUCUCGCUUUCUCUCUCUUCCUCUCUCUCUCUCUCGCUUUCAUUCUCUCUCUCUCUCUCUUUCCCUCUUUACCUUUUUGUCGUUUAACGAGAAACUAUAGAAAAAAAUUUCUUUUGACGCUAAAAGAUUAUUAGGAAAAUUUAGUCAAAAUUCCGAUCCCUAUAUAUAUAUAUAUUAGGAAACAAGAAGGGCACCAUCAAAUAGGCGCCAGAAAUCCACCAACCACUGACGAGGAAACGUCAACGGCUGGCAGGAUGAAUAGCAAGAGAAAGAAUCGUUCUAAUCCUACUAGGUCACCACGAGCAAGAGGGCCACAAGAUAGAUGUGUUGCUGCUGAAGGUGUUUAUAAUAAUGCACACUUUAUGCAUUCUGUCACUAGCCAUGUUGGUAACACAGUGCAGAUACAAACACAAAAUGGUUCAGUUUAUGAAGGAAUUUUUAGAACUUUCUCCAGUCGUUUUGAUGUGGUUCUAGAGAUGGCUCAUCGGGUAGAAAGUUCCGGGAAAAUUAGUGUCGAAAGUGUAGUAGAAAAAUUGAUUUUUAAACCUCAUGAUAUUAUAACGAUGUCUGCCAAGGAUGUUGAUCUAGAUUAUGCCAUAAGAGAUACUUUCCAAACGGAUACUGCUAUUAGUAAAUUUAAUGGUAUAGUUGGAGAGAAGGAACUCGAGCCAUGGGAUGCGCCGUCUACUAUGAAUGGUGAUGAUUUAGAAUUAGAUGGUGGUGCCAACGGAUGGGAUGUAAACGAAAUGUUCCGCAAAAAUGAGCAAAAAUAUGGAGUUCAAACGACGUUUGAACCAUCAUUAGUUGGUUAUACCUUACAACUUCAGCGUAAAGAUACAAAAGAUUACAAAGAACAGGAACAGAAGGCAGCGGAAAUAGCAAAUGAGAUAGAAUCUCAACCAAAUCAUAAAGCACGGUUAGAAUUAGAAAAUGGCGAUGAAGAGGAAAGAUUUGCUUCCGUAGUAAGACCAAACGAAGGUAAAUACGUCCCACCUCCUUUGAAAAAGAAAAAUUGGGAUACUGGGAAAUUAAUAAGAUCUACACCACCACCCUCUUCACCAGGAUCUGCAACUAGCAAAUCUGUUUUUAAUCAAGCACCAUCGUCCAAUGUCAAUGUAUCGCCUAACAUCCCAGUUGGUCUUCAAACCUCCCAUGGCUCUAUGCCGCAUCCAGUACCUCUUAAUAUGGCAAUGCCACCAACUGGAGUAGUUGUACAUACUACUUACAAUACUCCACCCCCUUUUGUAACUCCUACAACACAAGCAUCUUCUGCAGCAAUGCAGCAAACUCAACCACAAUCUCAGACUGCUCCUACUAUUCCUCAAGUUACUUACCCUCAGCAGUCACAACAACAGCAACAACCAUCGCAACAACAGCAGCAACAACAACAACAGCAGCAGCAGCCACAACAACAGCCACAACAACAGCAACAGCAGCCACAACAACAGCAGCAGCCUCAACAACAGGGACCUUCUAAUAAAAUAAACACAGAAAAGCGUGAACGUCCUGGUAGACAACAGGUUUUUCAAGCAGAUAAAGCUCCGCCAGCUCCUUUUUCACAACCAAAUGCCACAUCUACGCAUCAACCACAACAAUCAGGACAUCAACAACAUUCCUCUGUACAACAACAGAAUUCUACAGAUAUUCAACGUAUUGAAAUAAUUCCACAUAAACAAGAUCAUAGAAAGAUUUCAACGCCAAGGAGUAGAGAAGAACAACACUCAGAACUAAGACAGUUUGCAACAGAUUUCAAAUUAACAGAUUCGACUGCUCAGGAAACACCGUCUGUUUCUCGAAAACAACAGCAGCAUCAUCACCAGGAGGCUCAUCCUACGCCACAAAUUUCUCAACAACAUCAUCAGCAGAAUCACCAACCACAUAAUGCUUCACAACCACAACAACAACAACCUCAACCACAACCACAACAUCAAAGCCCACAUCAGCAGCAUCAAACGGUUCAAGAAGAGUCCGUUGUUACUACCAAACCACCACCGGGGCCAUUGCCUGUACGAUCCACGAGUCCGCCACAAGCUCAACAGCAACAACAACAACAACAACAACAACAACAGCAGCAGCAGCAGCAACAACAGCAGCAACAGCAACAACAACAGCAGCAGCAGCAACAACAACAACAGCAGCAGCAGCAACAGCAACAACAACAGCAGCAACAACAGCAGCAGCCACAACAAAAUUCUUCAAUCACGCAAUCAAAUGUGCAAGAACCAGGAGUGGAAAAAAUUACUACUGCCUUCAAAAAGUCAACUUUAAAUCCUAAUGCAAAGGAAUUUAAUCCAAACGCUAAGCCGUUUACACCUCGAUCUCCCAGUACACCGACACCUAGUCGUCCACACACACCACAAACACCACAGUAUACCGGUGCCACUAUGCCUGCAACAGUUGUCAUGCCAGCAUACGUAAUGACAAGCCAACCACCAACUGCGUUCAGUCAACCACCAGCACAGUCUGUAACAAGAUUUAGAAAAGAUUUUGUCUUUAUAGUGCCAAUGAUGCAACAUCGAGCGCCAGAUAUAGCUUCUCAAAUGCAAGUAGCUGCAGCAACUGGGCAACCAUUGUUAGCACCAGCUCCAUUACACCCACCAUUCCAGGUGUCUUAUCCAGGGCAACCAACCUAUCAGCAAAUGGUACGCAUGGUACAGGCGCCACCGCCACCACCACAUAUGUCCACGAACCCUUACCAUCACCAUCAUGAUUCACCAGGCCCGCAAGCUCCUGGCAUACAGUACAUGGGUCCACAUACACACCCGCAUCCACAUGUCCCACAGCAGCCACCAAGCCAAACACCCUCCCCAGCUAAUCCCAAUCCACCACACACGCAGAGUGCAUACAAUCCUCCUGGAACACCACAGCCUACCUAUCCACAACCACCUCCGCAAGGACACGCUCCAAGUUAUCCAAUUAUGUGCCCCAUUAUCCCACCUCACAUACCAAUACCACCACAACACAUGCAAUAUUUACCCCCUCAACCUCCGCCAGGAGCCCAACAGACUAUACCAGUCAUUCUGCCGCACAAUCAGUAGCCAUUACAAGGACUAAUUAAUGAAAAAGACGAUUACUAGUAUUCUACGAUGGUAGAAUAAGAUUUGUAAGUCCAAGAAACUUUCAUAAUGGUACUGAACACUUUAAUACGUUGCUAUUGUAAACUUUUUUAGCUACGUCAUCUCUCGUUUUCUUAUAAAAGAAGUUACUUAAACGUGCGAACGAUCAGAAUAUUCUUUUACUUUGUUAAUUCGUCAUAUUAGCAUAUAUUGUUCUUUUACUAUAUAUAUAAAAACGAAUGAAAUAAGAUCAUAUCAAAUAUCGUGUUUUCUGCGAUUAUAAUUUAGUAUGUAGAAAAGCAGAUGUUUUAAAAGCGCAUACGAAAAAAAAAAAGAACAAGAACGCAAAAAGUGUCGACCGUUUUGAAAGUGAUUAAUUUUUUCAAAAUAUGGGUUACUUAAAAAGUAAUACCCUCUCUCCCCACAUCUAUGUGUUUAAGAUUCUCGAGCGUGUACCAUCAAUUCCCUUGGUCAUAUUAGGCACAAAUUAAAGCAAAGCUCUUUUUAUCGAGCAGAAAUAAUUAAUAAUUUCUUCUCAUUAUAAUGCCACAUCCAAAAAGAAAAAAAAAAAAAAACAAGCAAAACAAAAAAUAACAAAAAACAAAAGAAAAUGCAACGCAAUUUAUUAUUUUGUGUGCCACAAGUGCAGUAGAAUGAAAUAACGAAUACCAAAUCCUAGAUUAUUUUUUCGGUACAUCAAUCCAUUGCUACAUACUGUUUAGAAUUCUUGUAAUCAGGAAGAAAUAAGAAAGAUUACUGAUAGGAAAAAUUAUAAUAAGAUGCGAAUAUCGCUAAUAAAACGAUUGAUAAUUUUCUCGCUGAUAAUAACGAAGAAUGAAAUUUUUGAUGCAACGUAUGUUACUCGAAUUGAAUAGGAUCGACGAUUUAUCUUUGGAAUAUUAUAAAAAUCCAAAGUUACUGCAUUAAUGCGAAUGGUCGUAUAUGGUUCAAGUAUCUUUUUUUAUACGAAGAAGAAGAAGAAAAAGAAGAAGAAGAAGAAGAAGAAGAAAAAGAAAACUAAACUAAACUAAAAUAAAAUAAAAUAAAAUAAAAUAAAAUAAAAUAAAAUAAAAUAAUUGUGUCAAGCAAUUACAUAAAAACACGAAAGUACACGGGAUAUUUUCUUACUUUACUGUACUUUCAUGCUGCGCCAUGUCUCUUCGUAGAACGAAAGAAACACGAAGAGUGUCUUAUGUAUGUAUGAAUAUAAACAUUUUAAGUACAAUCAAUUACACAUUGAAAAAGAGUACCUCGACGACAUUCUCGUCGUAAGAUCUUUAAAAAAAAAAAGUGGGAGGAGGCUACAUCUAUAACAUGUUUGUAAAUGCGUAUGAGACAAAGAAAAGGAGUAUUUGACGCGUCGUAGUAUUGUUAAAGAUAGUAUUAAUGUCAACGGCGACAAGAUUAAAAAAUGAAAUGAAGAAGAAAAAAAAAUAAAUGAAAAAAAAAAAAAACGUUAUUUGUACACGAGUAAUAUCUCAAAUUCGUCGUUUUUGAAAUAAUGUACGAAUUGAAACGAUUCCGAUAAUAUUAUAAAAAAGCAUGAAGUGAAAAAAGUGUUGUUUCUACGUUGUGGCAUGAAAAAAAAAAGAAAAAAGAAGAAGAAAGAAAGGAAGAAAGAAAAGAAAUGAAAAAUGAUAGAAGUGCUAUUUUAACACAAACUUUGGUGGUUUUAUUACUAAAGGAGAGAACAUAAAUUACCUUUUUUUCCUUAUACGAAAUAAAAUCGAAAGAUAGACCGAUCUAAUUCGCUCUUAUGCAAUAUCAUUUAAAUGUUAAUCAAAUUUAUCUAAAUAAUGAUGUCCAUGAUGUGAUAAUUUAGAAAUUAUUAUUAUGAUAUUUGAUAAUAAUGAUGAUGAUAAUGAUGAUGAUGAUGAUGAUGAUUAUGAUGAUGAGAUGCUGUUAUUAUUGAAUUUCUUUAUUGCGUAUAAAUUUCAAUGAUUAAUGUAUAUUGAAUUGGAUUAUUGUUUUGGAAAAAAGCAUUAACAUAAAAUACAUAUUUAUGGUUUUAUAAAGAUUCUAUAAAAAGAAGGGGAAAGAGGACAAAAGAAAAAGAAAUAUUCAGGAUCUUAUAUUAAUAGAUUAUGUUUAAAUGAAUGACGGCAAUCUGUUCGCAACGAUAACACCAAUAAUACACAAAUGUUCUAAUAAAGGACGAAAGGAUGCGAUUAUGUAUAAGAAAAAAAAGAUCGUUCGAUUGAUUGAUUUAUUGAUUAAUUAUGCAUUAUUCAACUGAUUCAUGCAUAUGCAAUUUAUUGUAAGAGGAAAGAUAAAUACUACGGCCUUAGACCUAGUCGUGUGUAUAUAAAAAAAUAAGAAGAAAGGUGAGCCUCAAUCGAAAGAUAAUACAGAGUCUGGCAUCGUUAGACACAAAUUUUAUAUCGAAGAGAUUUAAAAAUGCAUCAAAAUAAAGUCAAUGCGUUAAAAACCGAA